AACAGGGGGAAAAAAAAGUAUAGUCGACAGAGGGGGACACACAGAGAAGCACACAUAGACGCAUGCAGACGCACAUCUAGCUGUCCAACGGAACAUUGGCCCAUGUGUGUUUAUGCACACACAGAAAAGUGGACAAUUUUACAACUUAAUCAAGGAGUAGCUAUCUGAAAAUGGAGCGGGAGUUAUGGAUUUAACGCGGAGAGGACUUGAAAUGGGCGGUCUGCUGGUGGUGGUGUUGCUGCUGUGGAGUUGCUUGCUGUCGGCGGUUGACGGCUCACCUCUCCUCCUGUUUGCCAACCGGCGUGAUGUUCGAUUGGUAGAUGCAGAGGGUGUGCGGGGUGAGUCGGCUAUCGUUGUUAGUGACCUAGAGGAUGCAGCAGCUGUGGACUUCCUGUAUUCUGAGGGCCUGAUAUUUUGGACAGAUGUCAGCGAGGAGGCCAUCAAACAGACGCACUGGAAUCAGUCCUCCAACUCCCUUAAAGAGGCGUUGGGAACUGGCCAGACUGUGGUAGUAUCAGGGCUGGACAGUCCUGACGGGUUGGCCUGUGACUGGUUGGGUAGAAAGCUCUACUGGACAGACUCAGAGACCAAUCGGAUUGAAGUGGCCAAUCUGGACGGCACCUCCAGGAAGGUCCUGUUUUGGAUGGACUUGGACCAGCCCAGGGCGAUCGCUCUCAACCCUGCUCAACGCUACAUGUACUGGACAGACUGGGGAGAGGAGCCCAGGAUAGAGCGUGCUGGUAUGGAUGGUAGCAACAGGAAAGUUAUAGUGGUCGUGGACAUAUACUGGCCCAACGGUCUUACCAUAGACCUGGUGGAACAGAAGCUGUACUGGGCAGACGCCAAACUCAGCUUCAUUCACAGAGCUAACCUGGAUGGAUCAGCACGUGAAACCGUGGUGGAGGGCACCCUGACCCACCCUUUUGCACUCACUCUGUCUGAGGAGACCUUAUACUGGACUGACUGGCAGACCCGCUCCAUCCAUGCCUGUAACAAGCACAGCGGAGACAAAACCAGGGAGAUCCUAAGUGGGAUUUACUCCCCUAUGGACAUCCAAGUCCUGGAGGCCUAUCGACAGCCUUACAUCCACACUCCCUGUAGUGACAAUAAUGGAGGCUGUAGUCACCUCUGCCUACUGUCACCAGUCCAGCCUUUCUACAGCUGUGCCUGCCCCACUGGAGUCCAGCUUAAACCAGAUGGAAAGACAUGCAAACCAGGAGCAGAGCAGGUUUUGCUGCUGGCUCGACGGACUGACCUGAGGAGAAUCUCACUGGACCUGCCAGACUUCACUGACAUAGUACUACAGGUUGAUGACAUUCGCCAUGCCAUAGCUAUCGACUAUGACCCAGUUGAGGGUUACGUUUAUUGGACAGAUGAUGAGGUUCGGGCCAUCAGGCGAUCCCACAUCGAUGGCAGCAAUGCCAUGAUGUUGGUUACCACGGAGAUCAACCACCCAGAUGGCAUUGCUGUGGACUGGGUGGCCAGAAACCUGUACUGGACUGACACUGGCACUGACCGCAUUGAGGUUACCAGGCUUAAUGGAACCUCUCGGAAAAUUCUCAUUUCGGAAAACCUGGAUGAACCCAGAGCUAUUGUCCUGGACCCCAUUAAUGGCUACAUGUACUGGACUGACUGGGGCGAGCAUCCUAAGAUCGAGCGGGCCAACCUGGAUGGGACAGAGCGGGUGGUUCUGCUCAACAGCUCUCUGGGCUGGCCCAAUGGACUGGCUAUCGAUUAUGCAGCAGGAAAGAUAUACUGGGGAGAUGCUAAAACUGACAAGAUAGAGGUGAUCAACGUGGAUGGCAGUAACAGACAGACUCUGCUGGAGGACAAGCUGCCUCAUAUCUUUGGUUUUACUCUGCUUGGUGAUUACAUCUACUGGACUGACUGGCAAAGACGCAGCAUUGAGAGGGUCCACAAAGCUACGGCUGUACGAGAGAUCAUCAUCGAUCAGCUGCCGGAUUUAAUGGGGCUGAAGGCCACUAAAGUGACAGAGACAUACGGGACAAACGGCUGUGCGGUGGAUAAUGGCGGAUGCAGCCAUCUGUGUUUCUGGUGUCGACAGGCUGUCAGCUGUGCCUGUCCCAUGGGGAUGGAGCUUCUCUCAGACCUGCAGACUUGUGUGGUGCCUGAGGCCUUCCUGCUCUUCACCAACAGGGACAACAUCCGGAGUAUCUCUUUGGGUACCAACAGCAAUGAUGUGGCCAUCCCUCUGACAGGAGUUAAAGAGGCCUCUGCUCUCGACUUUGAUGUCUCUGAAAGGAGAAUAUACUGGACAGACAUACAAGCCAAGACAAUCAGCAGAGCGUAUAUGAAUGGCAGCUCUGUAGAACAUGUCAUUGAGUUCGGACUGGACUACCCAGAGGGCAUGGCAGUUGACUGGAUGGGUCGAAACAUCUACUGGGCUGAUACAGGCACGAACCGCAUCGAGGUGGCCCGGCUGGACGGCCAGUACCGGCAGGUUCUGGUCUGUAAGGAUCUUGACAACCCACGAUCACUGGACAACCCACGAUCAUUAGCACUGGACCCAGCCAAUGGCUACAUGUACUGGACAGAGUGGGGUGGUCGACCUCGUAUAGCCAGAGCCUACAUGGAUGGCAGCACCAUCACAACGCUGGUGGAUAAAGUGGGCCGGGCCAACGGACUGACCAUUGACUACGUAGACCAUCGACUAUACUGGACCGACUUGGACACAUGCAUGAUCGAAAGCACCAACAUGCAAGGCCUUCAGAGGGAGAUCAUCGUAGACGACCUCCCUCACCCCUUCGGUCUGACUCAGUACCGAGAUUUUAUCUACUGGACAGAUUUUAACCUGCGCAGUAUUGAACGAGCAGACAAACGCAGCGGACUCAACCGCACUGUGGUGCUGCAGGGCCAGCUUGAGCUGAUGCUGGACAUUCUGGUGUUCCACUCCUCCCGUCAGGAGGGUACCAACGAGUGCUCCCAUAACAACGGCAACUGUGCUCAUCUUUGCCUUGCCACGCCUGCUGGUGCCCAGUGCCGCUGUGCCUCCCACUACACUUUAAACCCCGAUGGACGAAACUGUAGCUCUCCCUCUAGUUUCCUGCUCUUCAGUCAGAAGGCCAGUAUCAGCAGGAUGGUCUUGGGAGAGCAGAGUCCUGACAUCAUCCUGCCCAUCCACGUCCUGAGGAAUGUCCGAGCUGUAAGCUACGACCCGCUGGACCGGCUGGUCUACUGGCUGGAUGGACGACAGAACAUCCGCAGGGCCAGAGAUGAUGGAGCCAUGUCUUCCAUGAUAGUGAGCAGCAGUGUUCAGCCAGUAGAUAACCAGCUUCAUGACCUGAGCCUGGACCCCUACAGUCGCCACAUUUACUGGACCUGUGAGACAACCAACACCAUCAAUGUCCAGAGGAUGGAUGGACACACCGUGGGUGUGGUCCUGAAGGACGACACUGACAAGCCACGGGCCAUUGUGGUUAAUGCCGAGAAAGGGUACAUGUAUUUCACCACAGUGCAAGAGCGCUCAGCUAAGAUUGAAGGAGCCAGUCUAGAUGGGACAGAGAGAGAGUCUCUGUUCACCACUGGGCUGAUCAGACCAGUCGCUCUGGCUCUGGACAACAAACUAGGAAAACUAUUCUGGGUAGACGCCGACCUUAAACGCAUUGAGAGUAGUGACCUGACAGGAGCCAAUCGCAUCGUCCUCCAGGAUUCCAACAUUCUCCAGCCAAUGGGGCUGACAGUCCUAGGAGAUCAUGUGUACUGGAUCGACCGGCAACAGCAGAUGAUAGAGAGGGUGGACAAACUGACUGGAGAUGGACGCACACGCAUACAGGGACGGAUAUCAUAUCUGACUUCCAUCCAUGCUGUGGAAGAGAUGGAUCCGCAAGAGUUUGCAUCCCACCCUUGUUCCCGUGACAACGGGGGCUGUUCUCACAUCUGCAUUGCUAAGGGUGACGGAACACCUCGCUGCUCCUGUCCCAUGCACCUGGUGUUACUGCAGGACCUACUGCACUGUGGGGAGCCUCCCACCUGCUCCACAGAGCAGUUCACGUGCUCCACAGGAGAGAUCGACUGUAUUCCUAUGGCUUGGCGUUGUGAUGGUUUCCCUGAAUGUGAUGACAGCAGUGAUGAAGAGAACUGCCCCGUCUGCUCAGCCUUUCAGUUCCAGUGUGAUAAAGGAGGUUGCAUCGAUGCUCAAAGGCGCUGCAAUGGUGAACCGGACUGCGCAGAUCACUCUGAUGAACAGGAUUGUGAAACCAUCUGCCCUCCCAACCAGUUCCGCUGUGGUGACAACCAGUGCAUCACAAAGAAACAACAGUGUGAUAACUACUCUGACUGCCCUGACGGAUCAGAUGAGCUUGCCUGUGAGUAUGUGUCUCCCCCCUCCAGUGGCAUCCCUAACACUGGGCCUAACACCAUCGUUCCAGUCAUUUGCAUCAUCCUGCUCGUCUUUGUGAUCGGGGGAGCUUAUUUCGUGUGUCAGCGUGUGGUGUGUCGACGCUACAAAGGCCCCAGUGGAACUUUUCCCCACGAGUACAUCAGUGGUACACCCCAUGUGCCCCUCAAUUUCAUCGCCCCCAGCAGCUCUCAGCAUGGCACCUUCCAAGGUAUUUCCUGUGGGAAGUCUAUGAUGAGUUCAGUGAGUCUGAUGGGCAGCAGCAGCAGUGGAGCCCCUCUCUAUGACAGGAACCACGUGACUGGAGCCUCAUCCAGCAGCUCAUCAUCCACCAAGGGAGCCUUCUAUCCUCAGAUCCUGAACCCUCCUCCGUCCCCAGCUACUGACCGCUCUCUCUACAACACAGAGAUCUUCUACUCCUCCAACAGUCCGUCCACCACCAGAUCAUACAGACCCUAUCACCCAGUCCGUGGUGCAGCUCCACCUACUACUCCAUGCAGCACUGACGUCUGCGACAGUGACUACACCCCUCAUCACCCACCGGCUGGGCUGGCGUCAUCAGCAGGCCGCUGGAAGGCCUCGGGCCACGGCAGCCACGGCAAACACAACAAGUACUACAUGGACCUUAACUCAGACUCGGACCCCUACCCUCCACCUCCGACCCCCCGCUCCCAGUACCUGUCAGCUGAGGAGAGCUGCCCGCCUUCCCCUUCCACCGAGCGCUCUUACUUCCACUUGUGCCCGCCUCCUCCCUCGCCCUGCACCGACUCCUCGUGACCCUCCAGCAGCCCCGGAGCCCUGUAAGGAAGGAUGCAGUCCACUUGCUAUAAGAACUGGCCUCGUCUGGGCCACUUUACCAGGGAAAGAACUCAUGUGCCAACUUCCAGCCCUGACCGGCUCACACAUGCUGCUUUAUAUCAGCUGGUUAGGCUCAAGUGCCUUGUUCAAGGUCCCUCUGUCCCACAUUGGUCAUUUCAUCAUUCCAGUCAUCUUGGAGCUCUCAGGGUGACCAUCAUCUGAUCAGUUGUAUGUCUGUCUUCCAUGUUUCCUGCUCUAACAUUCACUCAGUCAUGGCAGGUUGAAGGUUUGAGGCCCUCCCUGCCUCGCUGCAGGGCACAAAAAGAGAUGAGUGAAUACAGCCAGCAGCUCCCUCUACAUUCUCAUUCCAUCUAAAGGAAAAAAAACUUCCUUUGUCGGGCCACUUCUUGACUACAAAUUUUUGAGACUUCCAUCUGUCCGAAUAUACAGUAACUCCUCGCCCCAUGCUGCUCUUGCCCUCCCUGAAACUCUUCAACAUUGAACGAGAGAGAGUUAGCAGUAGGCACGGCUGUUGUGUGAAAGCCUCACACCAUUUGUCUUCUCCUGCCUCACGGCGCCCUUGUUGGCAGACCAACGGCAGGACUGUAUAUAGUGUUAAAAUAAUAUGAACAAAAAUAAAUCAGAGAGGAAUUAUUUUACUAUUUUAUUCACGCUGGCUGAUCCACCACUCCAAGAGAAACACACGACAGAUAGGUGAGUGGAUGUAUGCGUGAGUGAAUGAUGAAUGGGUGUGUACAUGAGUACAUGUGAAUGUUCGGCUUGAUGUAGGAAAUCAGAUCAAUUUGUAGAUGCUGACUGAAUUAAUGUGUAUGAAUGAAUGAGGGAUGGAUGGAACAGGGCCAAGAUCAAAGUGUGAAAUUUUUUGUACAUUGUGUUGAAAUUGUGUCCCUCACGUUUCAAAUUGUGAAUAGUGUGUAGUUGAAUCUGGGGCUUUUUUGAAGUCAACCCAGAGACAAAGACUGAUCUGCCAACAGUCCCCCCUUUAUCCCAUGAAAUCACCGUGUGACAACAACAUACCAAAUGAAUAUCGACGUGUAAAGCUAUUGUACAUAGUAUGUGUAAUGAAGUCAGUGAUUGAGUUGUGAGAAGUGAAUGCUUUUCAUUGUGAAUCUGAACCUCUUCCAUCACAUCUUCUUCACCCUCAUCAUCCCGUUUACCAAAAGUAUGUUUGCUGCUAUUGUGUACAUACUCUAUCAGUUACUAUGACUUAUAAUUACACAGAAAGCCCAAAAGUACCACUCUCAUACUGACAGUAGAUCAUGAAGCUAUUAUACAGUUAAUAACAAAUUAUUCUUAUAGCGACUUUUGUUAUUUGUAUUUCUGUUUGUGUGUAGAUCAUUAUGUAUGUUUCUGUGUCAGUUGCCAUGUUUGGUUUGAAGGAGUCUUUUUGGAAAUAGAAAAGUGAAAGAGUUCCAGCUGAGGCAUUUUAUUCAGAGCUGUUCCAGGAAUCAGCUGAAGGUCUCAGUAUGCUUCAAAUACAUCUUCCCUCAUCUCUCUUCAAGAGCUCUUUUUUUGUGUUUCUGUGGUCUCGACGCGGUGAACUGGCCUACCUCCAUGCCUCUACACACCUGGCCAAUCACAUAAGUGGCGUGUCUGUGGGGGGUCAAGUAGGUGGAGUCUGUACACCAUUUAAAGGUGUCUCAGCUGGCAUAUACCCAGGAUGCCCCACUCUAGCAAGCAGUGACACCAAGGUACCAAAAACUGCAGUUCUUUGAACGGCCUCUUGAGGCUGGCUCCAGAAGCUACUCAGUCCCCAUAGACCCCCAUGUUGAAAUGCCCAACUUAACAGCAGAAAUAAACAUGUUUACAGCCUGGUACAAAAACAGUUUUGCUCUCUAUAGCUAAUUUCCCCCUUCAUCACAACUGUAUGGGGGGUGAAUUUUUAUGUAACUCAACUGUUUACAUUUUAUUAAGGCUUAAAGUUACGCACAACUAAGGGCGUGUGACAAGCUGAUAGUGUCCUCAUCUUCUCAGUCAGAUCCACCCUUUGCUCCACACAGCACCAGCCUGUCAACCAAACAUGGUGUCUUCUGCUUCCAAAAAACCAAGAUGGUGAUGGCUGAAAUGGUGAACUUGAGGCUGCAAAACUGGAGUCCACAAACCAAUGGCUGACAUCACAGUAGCUAUGUCCAUUGGGCAAAAGUGUGGCGUGUACACCUACCUCGACCACAUGGCUGAUACAAACACAACAAUAACUCAAUAGUGCCGUUACAGACUUACGCUGUCUUCACAACACCGUGCAGUAACCACUCUAUCAACCACUGAUCUGCAAGAGAGUUCCUCCAAAAAGCAAAGCAUUUUUAACAUGGCUGCCGCUGCCAUGCCAAGGUCCAUACCUGCAAUGACAGACAGGUGCUUUGUUAAACACCAGCAGAAAUGCAAGCUAGCUUGUAGCUGCGUACUGUAGCAAGACAACGGAAUCACUGAAAUUACCAAAGAUGUCUACAUAUUUGGAAAAUUUACCAGUCAUCUGAAAUUUGGUAGAAGUAUUAUCCCACGCCCUGUUUUUUUCUGGUUGACCUGAUAAGACCCCAACAUUAUCAGCUCCUCCAUCUUGUCUUCUUUCUGCCUCCAUGAUGCUCGCUACUGGAUUGGCCAAAGCCAGGCAGCAACUGCCAAGUUGGAAAUGGCUUCCCCUCUGCUGCCUUCCCCUCACUGAAAUGACUGGAGGUGGCGAGUUACCACAUGACGGUGUGAAAGUCCCUUAAGCCCUAAUUAGUGGAGUAUAAUACAUCAUGCUACUACUAACAUUUCUCUCUGUGGCAUUGUUGUCUUGCCAACAAAAUAAACUCUGACCCAUCUAUUAUUUGUUUACGGUGAUGCCUCUUCUUUAAAAUGUUGUCCCUUCCAUUUAAGAGGUAUGUUCCUCCCUCACUAUUUGUCAUCACUGCUUGCGGAAUUGUGCCACAGCUGUAGGAAAACAAGCGCACACACUAUUAGACAGUCCAACAAGCAUGUGGUUUGAAGCAUACUGAGGCCUUGAGUUGUGCAGUUGCUCACCUCCUCCAAUACAGUGAAUCUGACCAGUGAACCCUGCUGAUGGUAAGAAAUGUCACCACGACAAACCCCAAGUCACACUGAUGGAACAGCCAUCAGGAGCAAUAUGGGGUUCAGUAUCUUGCUCAAGCAUACUUCGACAUGCAGACUGGCAGAGUUGGGGAUCAAACUGCUGAUCUUCCGAUGAGUGGACGACCUGCUCUACCUCUGAGCCACAGCCACAUCCUGAGAAGAUGAACACAUUUGAUUUUAAAAAGCAACUAAACACCAUGUUUAAGUUUGAACAUGAUCCCCUUCUGAUUAAAGAAAAGAUGAAUUCAAAUCCAGACUGCCCCACGCAAUUAAGUCUUUUUAAAUGACAAGUCCAGAUGUGAGCACAAGGCAGUGUCACAACAUCAGAUUUUUGUUUGGCCUACAGGAUUUGAAAUAAUUUACUAACUCAAAGUGUUUUUAGUGUAAAGUCAGUCUUUACGAUAUCAUCUCUUGGGACAGACUCUACAUUUGGUCCCACUACCUUUAUGGCUUUAAGGGCAGCAGCAUCAUGUAAGUGUUGGUUCUGUCCAAAACGUCUGGAUCAUGGGUCUACUGAACACUGUAGCCCCUAGGGGGCGCUAUCGGGGCAUUACAGCUUUUUCCAAGUCAUGCAGUGUGUCAGUGUGUUUUCAUUGUUAUUCUCCCACCUCUGAGGCCCACUCAGAUAGAAGCUCAGUGAUUCUCAUUAUGUGCUGUUGUGGUCUAGUGUUUGUCCAGCACUUAUUGUUAUACUAAUAUCAACACAAGACCAUAAAAAGUGGAAAGACAUAUUGUUCACUUACAGAAGAAAAUAGAUGUUAUUAUUUCCCUGGGAAUAAAUAAAUAAAUAAAAAGAAGGGGGGGGGGUUUGGCUUUUCACCUCGGCUGUGGUGUUGUAGCAGUAUAAAUCAACUUUAGCUCAGGCUCACAAGAGUUGGGAAAUGGUUUUAUUGUCAGUGAGUUCUAGCAUAGUGUGCCAUGUCAUCAGAAGAGAACACACUGAGCUUCCUCUGAGCCGGCCUUGCUGCCCUCUUUGUAUUACAGCAACGUGUGUGCCCACGGGAUAUUCUCAUGUCAUUCAAUAGUGUAAUGCCUACAAAGCUUCAGGCAGGGACAUUUCUCUUUAGUCCUCCAAGCACCUAGCAGAGGUGACUGUACACAUGAACAGUCCGUGUGUGCCUAGCAGAGGUUUAUCUGUUAGCUGAGUUAGACAGUAUAGUUUUCGGAUAGAGAAGUUGUAGGAACGUUCUGGGAGGUGGGGAACUUUAAGAACUAGCAGUAAGCUUGUUGUUGUUUCCUGAUGAAUCCAUCUCCUGCCAGGUGGCAUCACAGCUGCGGUGCGGUGACUGGCUGGAGAUGAAUUUCCAGAUAACAUAGCUGAAGUCGUGUCUGUAUGUGUCAGCGGGAACUCUCUGAGCAGCACAACUCAUUUAUAUAAAGGGCUGUAGGCCCCGCCUCAAACCACUGUGUCAGUAAAACUCCUUUAAAAACCUGUAUUUGUUGUCUCAGUUAAAAAUGCUUUGUGUAAUUUACACUUGUGACAUUUUUUGUAUCAAAAGCAUUUUUAUAUAAUAAAGGUUCUAUUUUAAGGAA